CGACGACGUUGUAUUGGCCAGGCAAGUGUCAUGGCGGCGUGCCCGUCCGGCUUUUGAACAAAUGUGGUACAAAUACAAAUAAACCAUAUGACUGUAAUGUCGUGCAGAUCAUGAAUUUUCUGUGCAUUCAAUGAAGUCAAGAAAGUUCUACUUUAUACAAGUCAUCAUAUACAGUUUCCACAUGUGAACUAGUACUUCACCUGCACAAGGAAUAAUCAAUAAGGCCUUUCUAACAUCUUGAAUGUCGUAACGAUGGAGAAAAAUAGAAGUCCUACACAGAAUAGGAAGUUGCUGAACCCAGGAGCUUGCACCCAACUGAAAGAGGUACCUGAAAGGCCAUUUCCACAGGAAGGAGAGGAUUUUCCCUUAAGGCUAUUUGACUCAUUGGAGUCUGAUUCUGACAGCUUAAUUCAAGAAAGGGAAUAUCAACUGGAACUGCAGCAUCGCAUUCAGGACAAUGAAGAGAUGGUAACUUUAGAAGACACUGAAUAUGAUGCAAAUAAUGUGGAGGAGGAUGAAUGGAAUCUCUAUGACAGUCUGGAGGAUAUGGAAGAUGAGCAAUAUGAAGAACAGGUUGAACCAGAAUACAAAGUCAAUAACAAUAUAAGCCUUCAAACUACUGACAGAUACGCCAACCUGCGAUAUAAUCCUAAUUGGAGAAAUACCAGAGCAGGAGCAAAGAUUUUUAAGUCCAAACAAAACUAUGAAUCACUUCAUGAUUCACUGGAGAAUUUGCUUCAAGAGUCAAAUGAGCUAUUGGAGAAAACUGAAGGAAGAUACAAUGAACACCAAGAUAAAGUGGAACAAAAAAGGCAAACAAAUAAAGCUCGUGCAGUUGGAUUUAGUUUGAGAGAUGAUGAUAACGUAGAGAAACAACUUAAAAGGAAAAGACCGUCUUCACCUUACAUUAAAUGUGAAGCUAGCAUGCAAGAAGAACAUGAAUCACUUGGUUCUUCUGGAUUUUGUGAUUUGCAAAAUGACAGGAAAAUCCAAUCAAACACAAUUGUAGCAGAAGUAUCCCAGGAAAACCAUGAGGAACAUCAGUCUCAUGAUGAAGAUAAUUGUGAAAUGUUUAGUGAUUCUGAAUGCGAAUACCUGGAUUCACUGGAACAGAAAAGACAAACAGAUAAAUCUCAAGGAGUUAAAUUUACGUUGAGAGAAAGUAAUAAUGUGCAAAAGCAAUCUGAAAGGAAACAUUUGCCUUCUUAUUAUAAAAAUGAACAAAGUGCCCAAGAUUGUGAAUCACUUGAUUCUCCUAGAUUUUAUAUUGAUACAAUUAAGAGUGAUUUGGAAAACAAUAAGAAAAUUGGAACAAGAAAAUUCUUAAUUAAAGAACCUAAGGAUAAACAUGAGAAAGAUGAAGAUCACAAUGAAGAAGAUGACUAUGAAAGUUUGAAUGGCCACUAUCAAAAAGAAUACCAGCAAUUCAUGGAGCAUGAGUCAACCUGUAGUGAUAUGAGCAUAAAGAGUGUAAGACACUCCAAGAACCGUGUGAUCUCUCAUGACAGGAAAUUGCAAACUAAAGUAAGAGUGCAGGAUGAUAUUGUGGAACGGAAUAAACAGACCCUGGGAAGACACAAAAUAAACUCAUAUCAACUGUUGUACAGUGAAAAGAAAGAGGUUAAAGAUACACAGCAGCUAUCUUCUGCAAAAAGUUCCAAAUGUGUGAAUACUCAUGAGUCUGUCCAGCAUGUUUUGGAUGGUGAGGAGAGCAGUACUAUUGAAAUGAAGUGGAAACAAAAGGCACAGAAAUUGCAGAACCAGAAAGCAAAACAACUAUCUGCUCGGAAAAAAGGAUUGACCACUGUGUUGAGAGAGAGAUCCUCAAAACCUCCUGAUAAACCUUCCAGUAAACAGCAGAUGCAGAAAUCCAAGGUCUCUGAGGACCAACCACAUCACUUUGAAAGCAUAGUCCAUCAGCAUAAAAAUGCAUCUGAGUUGCUAGUAAUUCAGAGAGAUGACAGCCAUGUCUUGUUGACUCCAAGCACUGACCGAACAUUUACUUCAUCAUCUGUCAAUCAAAUUGGUCCUGCCUUUGUUCCGAAUUCUCAUCCAACAGUGAAUCUGAAUAUCAACUUAAAUACAUUGUCAUCUGGUGGCAAUACGCAGACCACUGUUAAGUUGGUCCCGGCACAUCAUCCGAUGAAUCAAGAUGCUUCCAUUUGCAGAGAUCACAAUGUUUAUAAUACAUCUCAAAAUCCUGUUCCGUGUUUUCAGGAGCAUCAGAAGAAUCCUGAAUCAAGGAUCUCUCAUUUUCCAAACCAGCUCAGCAGUAAUGCAUCCCAUUUUUUAAAAACUUUGUAUGUACCAGAAAAUGCCCACCAUCAACUUCUGUGUAACAUGCAGUCCCCUUUCUAUAUGCAGUGUGGGAAAACUGAACAUGGCCAGAUGCUCAAUCCUAACUAUCAUCAAGGUGUUUCUGCUAGAACACUAGCACCAGGUCUUUGCAGUUACUCUCAUCUACAAAGGACAGAUAUUGCUGCUGGAAAUUCUCAAUCCUAUUCCAUGAAUCAAGAAAAAAUGACAAAAGAGGAUCACAGUCAGUUUGAAAAAGAAUAUGGGAAUUCAAGGUUUCCACCGCUUUCCUUUCUACCCCCUUAUCAUUUUGUUCAGUCUCCGAGCACACGCCUCAUUCAGCAAAUGGAGCAUAUUUAUGAGGGCACACCACGUCCGCUUCACACACACCCUGGUGCUUCUCACCUGGUGCUGCCACCUAUUGGCCUCAUGGGAGACAGCGACUCUGAACUAGAGCAAACUCGGCCAAAUGAGAAGAAAGCAGUGACACUAUCACGCUGUAAUUCAGAUGGCUACCUGGCACAAAUGGAGAAGAUUAAUAAGCUGAAAGAAAAUAAUAAAUACAAGCCCUACACAUUGAGAGAUUAUAAGAGUUUAAAACAGGAUGUGAAACUUGGAGGUUUGGGACCAGACUAUAAAUCUGCUCAAGAAAAGACAGAGAAAAUGAAACGACAAAAGGAAUAUGCAACACAAGUUAAAAGCCAGAACAUGAAACCUUGCUCCAAACCAUCCCCAUCUCAGCUUAAACCUCCUCCAGGCAUUGAAAACAAGACAAAUUCUCGGCGGAAAUUGGCAUUGGAAUAUGCUAGAAACAUCCAGAAACCAAAACCACUUGCAACUAAACCUGGGGAUGCUAAUGAGAAAUCGGAAAGGGGUGAGUUCCCUGAACAUAGUCAAUAUGCACAACUAGACCCAUCCCACAAUAUACUUCUUGCAAUGCUGCAGCAACGACAUGAAAAGGAGAAGCAAAUUGUAGCAAGAUUCACAGCAAUGCAUGUGAGCUGAUGAUAAGUGAAUUUGUAUUUCAAGUGGAACAUCAGACAUCACAUGAGUCACACAGGAGAAACUUUUAUUACUAUGCUAUAUAUUGUAUAAUUUAUAAACAAUUACAUUUUGUCAUGACUUACAUGAUUCCACUGUUGAAAUAUAGUAAAUGAUGGGCUCACCUUGUAUACUGUACAAUAGUUGUGAUUGAGAAAGUAGUGCAAAAUUCUUUGUAAAAUACUUUGCAGUUUGUUUUUUCAGGAUUUCAAACUAUUUAGAGGAGGGAUUAUAACUGACCGUUAUUCGUGAUGCGUUGAAUGGACUUAGAGAGUUAUUCCAAUUUGGCUUAAAGGUUUUGGUGGGAUUCUUAUUUUUGAAGCUUGCUUUCUCACCAGAAUUAAACUGAUACUUGUAAUCUGCAGUCUUGUAGCUCCAGAAAAGUAAAUUGUACAUUUGCGAGGCAGACGCUGUUUGUAAGUGUGGCACCUAAGGAAACUACUAACAGGUACAAAAGUCUGUUCAAUGUUGAAGAAAUCUUGAGGGCUUAGCCAAAUUGAUUGUGAACUAAAUUUGUAAGUACUCUAAAAUUCAAACACUUUUACAAAUGACUUUGUACUUUCAAUAAUGGCUUAGCAUUAUUCCUUGAGACUAAGAGCUCUUUGGCAGUGCCGUUUAAAAAAUAAUUUAAAAGCCAACAGCAAGAACUCAAAGACAGAGGUUAUCAUGAUUUUACAUUAUCAUCAACUUCAAGGUUUGAUUUCAUUAAACAACUGCAUGAGAAUUAUUACAAUAUUUCUCAUCCUGUAUUGUGUUUAACAGUCUAUAAAAAGGACAUGUCAUGUAAUUUUGCCAUCUGCAAUUAAAAUGUGUAUAUAAAUGUCAAUCAAUAUUUAUUAAUUAGAAAUUUCUAGGGUGUGAUGCAGGAAUAAGGGAGUGGAACUAAUUGAAUACCUCUUCCAAAAUACCAAACCAUGAAUGGUGAACCAAAUGGCCUUUGCCUGUGCUGUUUGAUUCUAUAAAUCCAUAAUUUACUACAAAAAAAAACCUUUAGAAGGAUAGGAGCUUCUAUAUAAAGUAAAUUACUUCAGAUGAUUAUUCAAAAUACUUUGUCAGUUUAAUUUAGCUGAGUGCUCUGCAUAAUAAUAAUCUUCUUUGUGAUUGAUCUUAAUAUUGAUAGAGAUAAAGCCUAUCAAGUAGAAGUCACAAACAAGUAGUGAUGGGGCAAAGCAAUAUAUUCGGUUGCAACUGAACUCAGGCAACAUUAAAUGAUAUAUCAGAAUGCACAUUGUGUCGGACAUCCAAUCUGCCUGUUCUUGAAAUAGUACAUAUGCACAACAGCAAGUUUAUUGUUUCCAUGUGAUUUUAUUUUUUAAGUAGCAGGUCAACUUGAAACUUGUUCUUUCUGUCUCCAAGCCCAUACAGGGCCUGGAGACAGAAUUUUCCUUUGUUUGCUAAUUUUAAUGAAAAAGUCUGUAUGAGUAUAAGUUUUACCUGUGAUUUAUUUAUGUUUUUAAUUUAAAAUAGUGAACAAUAAUAUUGAUCCCUGGUGUUUGAAUAACGCCAGCUGACUUUAAUGUUCCCAGACUACUACUGUAGGACUUCCUAACCCUCAUUAUUUUAUUGCAUGUAUUUUGAAAAUAUUUCAUUUAUUACCAAAAGAAGCUAAAACAUACCAUUUAAUUGGAUUAAUAUAUUACUUUGCUCCUUGUAAUACAUUACUUCCCACUGAAUAGCCCAAAUAUAUCAGUUUCCUGAGUUGCAAUGGCACAGUGGCUCAUGGUUAGCACUGUUGCCUCACAGCGCCAGGGACCAAGGUUUGAUUCCACCCUCAGGUAACUGUA